GGCGGGGCUGGGCGCGACGCGGCGCGGGGAGGGGUCGCGGCGGAGGCGGGGGCGGGACGCCGAGCCGGGCGCCGAGCCGGCGGGGACUCCGGAGUAGCCACCGCCGCCGACGCCGUCGGGGCCCUGGCGCGCUCCGCCAGCCCGGGCCGGUGGGUGCCACGGCCGCCCGCGAAACAUGGCGCCCAGUACGCUCUGGCGCUGCUGCCAGCGCACCGUGGGCUGGGUGCCUGUGCUGUUCAUCACCUUCGUGGUCGUGUGGUCCUACUAUGCGUACGUGGUGGAGCUGUGCGUGUUUACACUUUCUGGAAAUGGAGAAAACGGAAAGGCCGUUGUUUACCUUGUGGCUUUCCAUCUGUUCUUUGUUAUGUUUGUAUGGUCCUAUUGGAUGACAAUUUUCACAUCUCCCGCUUCCCCCUCCAAAGAGUUCUGUUUAUCCAAUUCUGUGAAGGAACGUUAUGAAAAGGAAUUCAGCCAAGAAAGACAACAAGAAAUUUUGAGAAGAGCAGCAAGAGACUUACCUAUCUACACCACAUCGGCUUCAAAGACCGUCAGAUAUUGUGAAAGGUGUCAGCUGAUUAAGCCUGACCGAGCGCAUCACUGCUCAGCAUGUGACGUGUGUAUUCUUAAGAUGGACCAUCACUGUCCUUGGGUGAAUAACUGUGUGGGAUUUUCUAAUUACAAAUUCUUCCUGCUCUUUUUAUUCUACUCUCUGUUAUAUUGCCUUUUCGUGGCUACAACAGUUUUACAGUACUUUAUAAAAUUUUGGACGAAUGAACUCACAGAUACACGUGCAAAAUUCCACGUACUUUUUCUUUUCUUUGUGUCUACGAUGUUCUUCAUCAGCGUAUUGUCACUUCUCAGUUACCACUGCUGGCUAGUUGGAAAAAACAGAACCACCAUAGAAUCAUUCCGUGCACCCACGUUUUCAUAUGGAGCUGAUGGAAAUGGUUUCUCACUUGGAUGCAAUAAAAACUGGAGACAAGUCUUUGGUGAUGAAAAGAAAUAUUGGCUGCUUCCAAUAUUUUCAAGCCAGGGUGACGGCUGCAGUUUUCCAACUCGCCUUGUGGGGACGGAUCCAGAGCAAGCUUCUGUCUCAAACCAAAGUGAAAGUGCCAGAAGUAUUGGCUCAAAUCAGCCCUUUCCUAUCAAACCGCUUAGUGAAUCAAAAAACCGCCUGCUGGACAGUGACUCUCAGUGGCUGGAGAGUGGAUCUGAAGAAGGUGUUGGCGGAUCAGGGACAAAUAACCAUGUAACAGUGGCAAUAGAAAAUUGAGUACCACUUGUUCAUAACUAACCAAUUGAAUAAGAGCAAGGUUUACAGAAACAUAUUGUGGACUGAUAUUUUCUGUUUUCUGAUCAAUGGGAUGAAAUAAUUGAAGUAUAAAAGAAGAUAUAUUUUUUAAAAAAGGAAACCUUUGUACGGAUUGUUGGAUCCACAGAAGCACUGCUCCAGAGCGGGAAGAUGCCUUAAUCUUAAAUGAGCCCAUUUGUUCAGCACUGACUCACAGCUACAAAAGAGACUUCAUUUUCCUUUGGAAGUAACAUUUUCUCAUAAUAACAUGAGAUGCCAUAAUAUGAGCUAUCAGGUCACAUGUUAACAUGACAUAUGCAUUUUUUUGAUACCUGGGUUACAUUAUUAGAGUUGUUUCUUAGUAUCCAUAUAAAUUUUCACUCUAGAAACACAAGCUAAAAACUUAAGUACAUCUAGGUCAAUAUGGUGGCUGAAAGUGAAUAAUAAUAUGCAAAUUGCUGCUUGUACUGUGUAAGAAAGAAAAUAACUGCUUUUUAAAAAAAAAUUGGUGUUUGCUAAUUUAUAGUUACUGUUUUAUACUUUUCAACAUUUUUAACAGAUUUUUUUAUUGUUGGCUAUAAAAUAACACUCAGAGGGAUUUAGAUACCUAAAUACAAUCAUUUGGAGCACAUUUGUAUAAUUCAUUGAAGGCUUAGUUCUAAGCAUUAAUUAAACCAAUUGUAGUUUUGUGCCCAAGGCUUAAAGAAAAUUUGGCAGUGUAAGAAAUUUUUUAUUUGUGUCUGCUUUUAAUGCACUUUUUUGUUGAACUUUCGUGGGUAUUUAUAUGGGUAGGGAAACAAAGGUUACAUGUGCUAUAGAAAUGUGGACAUGCUAUAGAAAAGCUAUAGAAAAGCUGGACAUGUGCUAUAGAAAUACUCAAUACAGGAUUGAGUUGAAGUGACUAGAAGGAAAAAGAAAGAGAAGCUAUAAGUAAGCUGUUAAAAUAUGUUUUCAGAGUGUUACCUGCUGUUGAGUUGACUUUCAAAUUACAAUUUUUUUUUUCAAAUUUCAAUUUUAAGACUGAAAUUUGCUUUGAAACUUUUUACAUUAAUCCCAUAACAGCUUAGACAGCAACUUAAAAUGCAUUUGAAUGGAGGGUAAAACUGUUCAGUAUAACAAUUAACCCUAGCCACUGUCAAGAAACAAAUUCUCACCUAAGCAGUCAUUCAAAACUUCCAUUCUGAGAUGGAUUUCACUUUCAUAUGCAGGAUUUUAAAUCUGACUUCCUAACAGCAACCCCUUUCUGCCUAGACACUUACCCCCUUUUCCUUUUGAAGUCUAAUCUACGCGACAGAAAUUGCUGCGUUAACUUUAAAGAUUAGAAUUCAUAUCCUAUAAGGAGAAACAAUGUACCAUCCUGUUUAUACUGUUUAGUCAAAACUAAAAUGAUUGAUUGCUGCUGGAAGUGGGUAGAUUUUAACCAGCAUCUGUAAAUAGCCCAGUUAGUUUUCUCUCUGUAAAAUGGGAGUAGGGGAGGGGCUGUUACGAAUGAUUUGGAUGGGACAACCUUUAACAUUCUUUGAUUAUAAUUCUGCACAAUACCUUACUUUACAUUUGCCCAGCAAAUAUUUUUGGACGCCAAACAGUAUACUAGGGAUAGCUCUGUAAUUUCCUAAUGUAGCAUAAAUUUUAUAGCCAUCUACUACAGGUUUAGUUUAUAGGAUUUGUCUAACUUCAUGGGCUAUAUUACUAGAUUUUAAAAGGAAGUAAUUUUUUUCCCCUUUGAACUAGAGGAAUGAGUUAGCUUUGAAAAUACAAUUUGGAAUACUAUAAUACGGCUUCUACCUUUAUUUCAACACAGUAGUCUUAAUAAUCUUGAUUCUAGAAAAUGUUUAUGAGAGUUAAGGGGUAUCAGUUUCCAACCAGAAACAUCACUUUAGUCUGGCAGCUUGCGUAUUAUAAGGAAAUGGUAAAUAUUUAAACGUAUAUGCCUGCUUUCAGAAAUAUCCUCCUGGUAUAUGGACAUUUCUAUAUUCAAGUCAAAAGAUUUGCAUGCACCAGAUUAACAACUGAGGAAACUUAAUUUUCCCCUUAACCUAUCUCAGUGAUUUUUGGUGUUUUUGUCUUUUUCAGUUCUUUCAAUUUCUGUCAUUUAACAUCAUCUUUUUUGAUAACAUAGUAUACACCUUUUCAGAAAUUUUCAGCUAAAGCCUUUGUUACCUUUGGUUUAAUUAAUUUAUGGCCAACAUCUGCCACAUUUUAAAUAAUUGACCAAGUUUAUUCGUACAUGUUAAUGACUAUUCAGCAAGAGCCUGCAGUGGGAUGGGAACCAAGGAAAGGCUGUCUCUGUGGUAUUUCAGCUGCUACCGAUCAGUGCUGCCAACCUGUGGGGUAAAAUGGUCAAAAUGAAGUCCUGUCAAAAUGUAUUAGAAGGAUCUUUGUUGCUUCAAGCACUUAAACAGUUGUGAUAUUUAAGGAAAGUAAAGUUGAAUUUCAGGUCUUGCCAUUGCCAUUAAAAACAAAUUAAGACAGGAAACUUGGUUUUACCUGGGUACGAACUGACUUGAAUAUUCAGUACCUGAGACAUCUGACCACUGUCACUGUGCCAAACCAAAGAGCAGCUGCAACUUAGUGGUCACUAAACUUGCACCGCUUACAAAAGCAGUUUCAUCUUUGCAUAUGGAAGAGUUUUUAAAAUCCUUUUACAUAUUUAGUGGUUAUGACCCAACGUGUCCUAAGUUAAUUGAACUUAGCUUAAAUCAAAUAUGCAAUGUUUACUUGAAUUUUAUUUCUGUUGAAAGCAGAUUUUGACUGUUUAUCCCAUUGCUUAAAUUACAGAUUUUCAGUCAUGUGAGAUUCCCUUCCAUCAUCUUUAAAGCAGAUGCAUAUAAGGGCUUAGUGUUAGGAUCUGCAUAUUUGCAGCGCUGAAGACAAAUGAUUUACAAAUGUUUUGCUUACAUGUUGUUCUAGGACUAGCACUGCUAUCAAUGCAAAGUAUUUUUAACUAACCUGUUGAGAAAUUAACCAUAUUUUUGCAUUUCAGCCAAAAUAAAGACCAUAUUUAAUAUUCUAUGAUACAGCUAAUAUGUAAACCUGAAAUCAUGUUUCAUAUGUGAACUGUAUUUUCCAAUUUAAAUUUAAAAUGCAAUAUAGAUUCAGAAAGGUCCAUAUUUUUCUAACAACUUCACUUUAUAUUUUGUUGAGUUGCAUAAAGCAGCAAGGAACUGUAUUUGUAUUAAAAGCUUCAGAAAGCGAUUAGCUGAGUUUAUCAUAUUUGUACGAUUGCAGAUAAGUCUAUGCCCAUAAGAUGGACACUAUUUUAAGGUGAUCUUUAAUGUUUUUAUAUAAAUGAAUUUGGAAUACAGUUUACUUUCUUUGUACUUAUCAAGUCCCAUAAGUCUUGUAUUUGUUUCUCGUGAGUGUAACCCUGGACCAUGACUUUGAUAUCUUUGCUUUGUCUUUGGGUGGCCUAACCUACAUUAAUAUGAAGGUUGAACAUUUUAAAACUUUUCUCCCGAAAUCAUGACGAUGAUUUACUUUAUUAAUAAAUAAAGUCCUGUAUUUGAA